AUGGACUGCACCUAUUACGUUGAAGUUGAGGAGUGUGCGGAAUGCCAGACUUCAUCUCAUUCAACAAUGGAAGUUUGGUAUCCUUGGCGACUUUCACACGCCUUCGCUCAGGCCAUCUACGACCGGAUAGAUGCUGCAUGGCGUAGUCGACAGACACUUUUGCGGAGCACGAGUGAGGCUGAGGAAAGUGGCGCCUGGGCCUUAGAAUGGUUCGACGACUUCGAGGGUGACCACUUGGACACGUCCUCCUGGGAAGUCGUCACCAGCGCGUCGAACUUCUUCAUCCCAUUGCCUCGCGCUUGA